UGACAUUAAUGAAAUACAACUUCGCACACGUUACACACAAUGUAUCAACAAUACAAACCGGAAGAUCUUACAGGGUUAAACGAAGGGAGCCGCUGUGACGUCACGCCGGAGCUCCGGUGUCCCGGUAAACGCGGAGCGCUGAUCCGACCCGGAGGAUAACGGAGGAACCCGUCGGGAACGAACGCGUGCUGUUAUGAUCGCCGCGGCUCAUGAGCAUCUUUGAGUUUCUGGAGAUGGACGGAAGAGACUCUGCCUUUCUGGCCGUGAGGAGCAGAUUACCCAGAGACCCCGGCGUGGUGGGCGGAGUCUGUAUGGGGAACAAAGACUCCUCCCCUUGCAGUAGCCAGGGGGAGGGGCCAGACGACAAACACCUAGCGGACGUGCUGUGUGAGCUGGGAGUGGGGGUGGAGCUUAACCUGGAGCUAGAUGUGGGGGUGGAGCCUGAGGACGGUAUGGAUCUGCAAGGGGAGGAGCUUAGCUGGGAGACAAAUCGGCAGGAGGCGAACGAACUGGAAAAGCAGAGCAACACGAGCCGCAGCACAGCCAGUCCUGAAGCCUCCACAGAUCUCUCCAAAGCAUCAUCUCCGUCGGGGCAGCUCCUUCAGGGCCGUGUGGAGGGGGCGGGGCUUAACAUGGAGUGUCGCAUCUGUGGCGACAGAGCGUCAGGAUUCCACUACGGCGUUCAUGCCUGUGAGGGCUGCAAGGUCAGAGGUCAUAUUAACGGAGCUCCGCCCAAUAAGGAGAUUGGCGUGCACGUGUUCUUCCGCUGUCAGUGCACGACCGUGGAAACCGUACGAGAACUCACAGAGUUCUCCAAAAGCAUCCCAGGAUUCAUCGACCUUUUCUUGAAUGACCAGGUGACGCUGCUGAAAUACGGGGUCCACGAGGCGAUCUUCGCCAUGCUGCCGUCGCUCAUGAAUAAAGACGGGCUGCUGGUGGCGAAUGGGCGGGGCUUCGUGACGAGAGAGUUCCUGCGCAGUCUGCGCAAACCCUUCAGCGAGAUCAUGGAGCCGAAGUUUGAGUUUGCAGUGAAGUUUAAUGCUCUCGAGCUGGACGACAGCGACCUCGCGCUCUUCGUGGCCGCUAUUAUCCUCUGUGGAGGUGAGAGAGUGUUUCCGUUUCGUUGACCCCUAGUGGUUAAAGAUGAAACUGCAGCAAGAUUGUAAGGGAUGGGUGAUAUCUUAUCAUUUGCGAUAUACCGGUAAAAUUUCUCCUUAUGAUAAGAAUUAGUCUUUCUGCGAUAAUGACGAUAAAGCCUAGUUGUUGACAUAUUUAUGUGUGCGACUGUGUGGCGGAAGG